UUCAUAGGACCCAUCGUGUUGUACUUAUCGCAAGGUCAUCCCACUUCACUUUGGACCGUGAGCAUUGUAAGGUCGUCACUUCACGUGUAUUUUUUAUUUAGCAAAGGCGAGGUGAGCGUCCCGAGCAGCGGUCUAUUACGCGACACCGUAACACGAAGAAACAUGCACGCGCGACCGCACACCACGAAAGAAAGAAAUGGUCCACACAGUCUGAAUGCUCAUUCCCAUGGGGACCAUGUCUCUCCCUGCGCGGCUCGUCCAGCUCCUGUUGGCCACAACCAUAGUAAUGAUAAUCAAGUGCACUGCGCAGAUGCAGAUAGCCGGCCCUUUCCGAGUCGUACCGGGUUACAUGGAAGACUGCCCACCCGAAAUGAGACCAAAAACGGAAUUUUUCAAAGGUUACUACUCAGGUUUCCGAGACAGGAGAAACACAGACGUGUGGUACUAUUCCGGCAAUAUCACUACGUUUAUCACCGCUGAUGACAAUUACACGGCAACAUUCAACCUUGCUUCCUGGAGCUCAAGAGGAGGCUGGAAGGACAACGCCUUUCAGAAAAGUACCUCACGACUCUGCACCACUAUUAAGACUUUUUUUCCGAACGUAUGGAGAAAAGGCAUGAUGAUGGUAUUCAACGAUCCGACUAGGGACUGCCCUUUUCCACCGCAGGACACGUACUCAGUGAAUAAUGUUUCAACAAACUACAUCGCCAAGUUCCCUCCGAGUUUUUUCUAUGGCAGGUACCGAGGCACUGGUCAAAUUCUGAACACUGAGACGAAGGAGCUGAUUGCCUGCAAACGUUGCUACUUUCAAGUAGUGCCGAAACAACAAAAUUCUGCCACUCCAUAGAAAUGGACGG